CUCUCUUGAUAUUUCCUUUAUAUUCAGUUGAUUCUGCUUAUAUUUUGCAUCAAUUAAUCAUUCUUUACAUCCAAAAUGACCGCCUCUUCUCGUAUUCCCCCCAUUGCCCAGCCGUUCGUCAGCGAACAGGCCAAGCGGACCCUUGAUUUGGUCGAGGAAUUCGUUGAAAGAGACUGCAUCCCCGCCGAUACCGUCUUUGCGGCCCAGCUCGGCGAAGGCGAGAAGCGAUGGACCACCACCCCCGCCGUCUUGGAGGGCUUGAAGGAGAAGGCCAAGAAGCUCGGUCUGUGGAACAUGUUCCUGCCUAAGAACCACUUCAGUCAGGGCGCUGGAUUCUCAAACUUGGAGUACGGAUUAAUGGCCGAGUUGCUCGGCAAGAGCAAGGUUGCCUCAGAGGCUACCAACAAUGCUGCCCCAGAUACCGGCAACAUGGAGGUGUUCGCCAAGUACGGUAAUGACGCACAAAAGAAGGAGUGGCUUGCACCCCUGCUGGAGGGCAAGAUCCGCUCUGCUUUCCUGAUGACCGAGCCCGACGUCGCGUCUAGCGAUGCGACAAAUAUUGAGCUUGACAUCCGCCGGGAGGGUAAUGAAUACGUGCUGAAUGGCUCGAAAUGGUGGUCCUCCGGCGCCGGCGAUCCCCGCUGCGCAGUUUACCUGGUAAUGGGCAAGACCGACCCCACCAACCCAGACACCUACAAGCAGCAGUCCGUUAUACUCGUCCCAGCCGGGCUCCCAGGCAUCACAGUGCACCGCAUGUUGACAGUAUACGGAUACGACGACGCACCGCACGGCCACGGCCACAUCACAUUCAAGGACGUGCGUGUGCCCGCAGCAAACAUGGUCCUCGGCGAAGGCCGCGGCUUCGAGAUCAUUCAGGGCCGUCUCGGACCCGGUCGCAUCCACCACGCCAUGCGGGCCAUUGGCGCCUCUGAGCGCGCGCUCGAGUGGCUGAUUGCCCGUGUCAACGACGAGCGCAAAAUGACCUUCGGCAAGCCUUUAGUCGCGCACGGCGUCAUCCUCGAGUGGAUUGCCAAGUCGCGCAUUGAGGUCGAUGCUGCCCGCUUCGUUGUCUUGAACGCUGCUAUCAAGAUCGAUCAGGGUGAUGCUAAGAGCGCCCUGAAGGAGAUCGCUCAGGCUAAGGUGCUGGUUCCCCAGACUGCGCUUACUAUCAUUGAUCGUGCCAUCCAGGCUUAUGGUGCUGCCGGUGUCUGCCAGGAUACCCCGCUUGCGUACCUGUGGGCUGGUAUUCGUACUCUGCGCAUUGCCGAUGGUCCUGAUGAGGUUCACUUGCAGCAGCUCGGUAAGCGCGAGAACAAGUCUCGCAAGGAUGAGGUUACUGCUAAGUUGAACUGGCAGCGUGAGGAGGCUGAUCGCUUGCUUGCUGCUUCUGGGUUCAAGCCUAAGAGCCAUCUUUGAGAUUAUUGAAAAAUAUAGUUUACGAUAUAGUCUGCUGCUUGCUUCGGCUGAAUAAGAAUGCACGAACAUUGUUCCGUUUUUA